AUGGCAACAUCCAAAGAUCCUAUCAGCAUCAUUUUGGUAAAUUUAUUAACUGUUACUGCUACUGCAAUCUGCACUGAAAACAGGACUUUGAUGAAGAAAACAUCACUGCUAUCUUUAUUACUGAUUCUUCUUGAACUACGCUCAGUUCAUAUCAGUGCAGCAUUUUUUCUAGCAGAGCCUACAAAUACUCCAAAUCCGCUGAGAUCUGACUUUGAUGGAACUCUCGAAAAUGCUUACCGCAGAAAAUAUUCAGAAAUUCUUCGAGAAAAAGCAAAAACAUUUGGACAAAGCAAUGAGGAAAUUCAGCUUGUUAAUCAGUACUUGAAAAAAAUUCAAAAAUUUGAGAUUGAACAGCAUCCAGAAGAAACGGAUCAAAAAUAUAAAGCAGACUCUUUCAGAUCAGUAAGCAUUGUGAAGCUUUUAUAA